CCGCUUGACCUGAUUGUUUCCUUUGCCUGUCAACAUCAAUAAAGUCCUGUGUCUGCGAUACACAACUGGUUCCUCCGUCCCCUUCGUGACAUCAGGCGUGGUCAUUUAAGACCUCUAGCCUUCUCAGUUGUAUUUGGAAGGCUUGAUCUCCGUGCACCUUUGCUUGUCACAGCCUGCAAUCAACCUAAAGCCCUUACCUGUUCUUCACUCUCACUGCUUACAUCAGGUGGCGAGAGUUGACUGUUGGGAGCAUGACAAGGAUUGGGUAUAAAUACAAGCCACAAAAGUAAAGACAACAUCAAUUCCAGAAUAUGGAGCUUUGUCUCCCGGUAACAGAUGCCUCAAACUGUGAAAGACAAACACAUACAGCAGUGUGUUUAGGCCUAUAGCUCCAGGGUUUCCCUUGUGCCCCCAUGCAGUGAGGAGCCCCAGGGGACUGACGCCAGCUGAGAUUGAAAAACAAGGCUUAAGUCAUGGCAUUGGAAUUCUUGGAGACAGAUGGCCCUCGAUCAUCCAUGCCGGAUGAGCUCCAUCAUCCCUUCUCCAAGUACACUCAGUGGAAGUUUAAACUGUUUAGAGUGAAAUCUUUGGAGAAGGCGCCUGUGUCCGUGGAGACACCGCUUGAGAAGGAAACAGCGUCAGGCAUAUCUGACCCAAACCUGUGUUCAGCUCCAAAUAAAGAGUUAGAUAACAAUAACAGUACAGGUAGUCCUAUGACAUUGUGCCUUCAUGUGAAAAGUAAAGACAUCGUUGAACCACCUGAUCAGAGCAUGGAUAUAAAGGCAACAGAAAUUGACAAACAUAUAAACCAUCUCAGAUGUCUUUGUCGUCUUUGUGGAAUCCUGCUGAGGAAAAUACCUGGCCCAAUCCACGAUGUUCAUGCAGUUUUGGAUAAUGAAAGCAAGAAUUCCCUCCGAAAAAUGGGUUGUACAUCAACAAAAUGGCCGGAAGUCAUCCGUAAAGUUUUUCAAGUGGAUGUGUCACAAGAUAUGGAAUCUGUCCACCCGCUUUCCUUUUGCCAUCGUUGCUGGAUGACUGCCAUACGGGGAGGAGGCAUUUGCAAUUUUUCAGGGAAAAAAGUCCAUGAGUGGAAACCUCAUGGUGCCCUCUGCCCCUUAUGCUCACCCAAAAAACAAUUAUUCCACAAGAUUGGCAGAAAGAGGAGAAUCACCACCCCCAGAGCCCAAAGUUUAGUAAAAAGAACCAGAUUGGACCAAAAAUACAAUACUGUCAAUAAUGAAAGUCAAAGUCCAAGACCAUUUGGGGACCAUCUUCAUGGCCCUGUUGUUAAGAUAUGGAAUCCAAGUGUCCAUAGAGAAUACUGGGUGAGGACCAUCACACACUGUCAAAAAGAACACCUGAGUAGCACGCUUGUGUGUGAGAAUUUCCCUGUUGACUUCCUCUGUUCUUUCACUUGCAUGGUUUGUGACCAUCUGCUCUCAGACCCAGUUCAAGCCUCCUGCGGGCACCUCUUCUGCCACAACUGCAUUAUGAAAUACAAACACUUUAUAGGGCCUCAUUGUCCUGCCUGCAACUUACCCUGUUCCAGCAAUGACCUCAUUCCUCCUGCCAAAACUUUUUUGUUAGUCCUGCAUUCUCUGCUUUUGCGCUGCCCAAGAGAUGGCUGUGGUCAGCAUGUAAGAUUAAACUCAUUUAAAGCUCACUGUAUGAGUCACGAUGCGGAAGAGCAGGAUGCAAGACAGCAAUCGUCCCGUCUUGACAACUACCUGAUAACCAAUAAAGGAGGAAGGCCCCGCCAACACUUGCUAUCCCUCACGCGUCGUGCCCAGAAGCAUCGACUGAGGGAGUUGAAGAACCAGGUGAAGGCGUUUGCAGAUAAAGAGGAAGGUGGAGACUUAAAAUCUGUGUGUCUGACACUGUAUCUGCUGGCAUUGAGAUCUGCAAAUGAACACCGGAUGGCAGAUGAGCUGGAGGUCACAAUGCAGGGCAGAGGCUUUGCUUUGCAUCCUGCUGUGUGUUUGGCCAUUCGGGUCAACACUUUCCUGAGCUGCAGCCAGUAUCACAAAGUUUACCGGACUGUCAAAGCCACCAGUGGCCGCCAGAUUUUUCAGCCUUUACAUGCUCUCCGAGCUGCAGAGAAAGAGCUGCUCCCUGGAUUUCACCAGUUUGAAUGGCAGCCAGCUCUCAAGAAUGUGUCUACAUCUUGUAAUGUUGGCAUCAUCAAUGGGCUCUCUGGAUGGGCCUCCUCUGUGGAUGACUCACCAACUGACACAAUCACACGCCGAUUCCGCUAUGAUGUGGCUCUGGUGUCAGCAAUAAAGGAUCUGGAGGAGGACAUUGUGGAGGGGCUGAGAGAAAGGGGGGUUGAAGACAGUGCCUGUACCCUAGGCUUCAGCGUUAUGAUCAAAGAAUCAUGUGACGGCAUGGGAGAUGUUGGUGAAAAGCAUGGAGGAGGACCAGUUGUUCCUGAGAAAGCAGUUCGCUUCUCUUUCACCGUUAUGUCUAUUUCUGUGUUGCUUAGUAAAGAUGAUGAGGUUACAAUUUUCACAGAGUCAAAGCCAAACUCAGAAUUGUCCUGUAAGCCCCUCUGCCUGAUGUUUGUGGAUGAAGCGGACCACGAGACACUCACAGCUGUCCUGGCGCCCUUGGUUGCAGAGCGCAAUGCAAUGAAAAAGAGUAGGCUCAUAUUGUCCGUAGCUGGGCUCCCUCGAUCUUUCCGCUUCCAGUUCAGAGGAUCAGGAUAUGAUGAAAAGAUGGUACGUGAAUUAGAGGGUUUAGAAGCCUCUGGAUCCACUUAUGUCUGCACACUGUGUGACUCCAGUCGAGCGGAGGCCUCAAAAAAUAUUGUGCUCCACUCCAUCACUCGCAGCCAUGAGGAGAAUCUGGCACGUUAUGAGAUCUGGCGAACCAACCCAUUUUCCGAACCUAUAGAGGAACUGCGGGAUAGGGUCAAAGGGGUCUCUGCCAAGCCCUUCAUGGAGACCCAAUCCACACUGGAUGCUUUACACUGUGACAUUGGCAAUGCCACCGAGUUCUACAAAAUUUUCCAGGAUGAAAUAGGGGAGGUUUACAAAAAGGAAAAUCCCAGCCGUGAGGAGCGGCGCAGCUGGCGGGCAGCCCUGGAUAAAGAACUGAGGCAGAAGCUGAAGCUCAAACCUGUGAUGAGGAUGAAUGGCAACUAUGCCCGCAAGCUAAUGACCCUUGAGGCUGUGCAAGUGGUGUGUGGGCUGGUUCCCUCAGAGGAGAGGAGGGAGGCCCUUAGGGAGCUGAUGAGGCUGUACCUCCAGAUGAAGCCUGUAUGGCGCUCCACCUGCCCAGACAAGGAAUGUCCUGAUCAGCUCUGCCGCUACACUUUUAACUCCCAGAGUUUUGCUGACCUAAUUUCCACUACCUUCAAAUACAGGUAUAAUGGUAAAAUAACCAAUUACCUGCACAAAACCCUGGCCCAUGUCCCUGAAAUAAUAGAGAGAGAUGGAUCUAUUGGUGCUUGGGCUAGUGAGGGAAAUGAGUCUGCAAACAAACUGUUCAGGCGCUUCCGUAAGAUGAAUGCACGUCAGUCAAAAGCAUUUGAGCUUGAGGAUGUUUUGAAACAUCACUGGCUCUACACAUCAAAGUACUUGCAGAAGUUUAUGGAGGUCCACAAGGACUCCGCAAAAGUCCUGCAAGGAACCAGUGACCCAGUCGAAAUCCAGGACAUUGAGAGUAUGUACUAGGGGGUCAUUAAUUGUUGAUUUUUCUUUUUUAUUUGAUGUAACAUUCAAAGCUAUUAAGCUGUAUACUAGAACAAACAGCAGACAAAGAAUGGAAUGAUUUUAUGAUUAAUUUGUUUUUAUGUUGUCAUACUGACAAAACAUAGUCAUGUAAAACACUUUUUCAGGGCUUUGCCAAGUGCAAAUUAGCAUUUAUUAAUUAAUUUAUUUAUUUUUAUUAAUGUUGCACCUCACAGAGAAACAAUGUUUUCAAUAAAUGUUUGGAUGGUUGCUCUGUUGGGAGUGAACGGACAUGCUGACGGUAACACAUUCUAAUUUAGUGACAAGAAAGUUAUUUUUUUCCCCCCAUCCUAUGCAUGAAGUAUGGCUCAUUUUAUUGUAUUGCAAGAAUGUGACAUCUUUAUGGAUUUGCUGAAUGGAAAUUUAUGGAAGCAGAUGAAAAUGGUAUCAGUCAUAGUGGGGAAAAUGUGUUAAGAUGACCGUAUUUGUAGCUAUGAUAUUUUUUACGUCAUUUUCAAUGAGGAAAAAUGCAAUCAUGGAGACUUUAAUGUUAUUUGUUUCAUGAAUGCCCUCUGCAAAUGAUUAAUUUAUUGCUUUAUCCUGGCAUCCCUUGGGGCUGAAUAUAUGCCAGGCCACUUUCAACUGGUUUUGAUCUUUUUUAUUUUGUGCGCAUUAAAUGAUACAUCAUGCUCUUUUGACAUCUUCACAUAAAAUAAAGUAUAUACUGGCCUUUUUCAUAAAUCAUGAAAAGCCAGUUUGAACCCAUCCAGCAGUCUUGAGGAGGGAAUUUUCUUUAGCUUGGUAUAAAAAUGUGCAGCUUCCCCCUUUUGACAUUUCUUCAUCACAAUGGCUUAAGAUCUAGCAGGGACAGAAGCAUGUUGUAUAAACUGAGUUUGCUGGCAACUUUAUUUGUUUGAUUGAUUGCAUUGUCGUUUCCUGCCCCUGACAUUUGGGGGUGCGACAAGCAAUUUUGUUUUCUUAUUUUAUUGGAUGUUUGAUUCCAUUUUACUGUCAUAAGCGCAACCAUACACCAGCGCACUUGUCACAGUCUUCAAAAGACAUCAUCGUUUAGAAUGCAUUUUAUGACGGCUUGUCUUGUAGUUUGUAUACAAAAAUAAAUUGCAUUUACAAGAAA